UCAAUGUGACUGACAUUAGGAAGCGGGGCCGGUGAGUGCACCAAAUGGCUCCAUUGAAUAACACAGAAAAAGGAGAGGCUAUACAUUAAAUUUACCCCCUCGCAGGUUGUAGUAUCUCAUGAUGAGAAGAGCACCGGUGCUCCUGUUUCUGGCCUGGGUGUCUGCCCUCUUCUGUUCGGGUAUCUGGCUUUUUAUGAGUGGAUUCUUAUUAAUGAGAAUAGAACUCAACAACCAAAGUUCAUGUACAGACCUUCCCUUCUCAAGUCUUCCAGGGAGUUUUCAGAGAGACCCAGACACCUGCUGGCUCCCCAAAAGGUUUGAAAAGGCUGUAAUAGUCAUCAUCGAUGCUCUGAAAUAUGACUUUGCCACCUAUGAUCCAGAAAACACCAACCCUAAGCCAUAUGAGAACAAGUUAGAGAUUAUCCACCAGCUCGUCAGUUCCCAGCCUAGACAUGCCAAGCUAUACCCCUUCCGAGCUGACCCUCCCACUACCACCAUGCAGAGAAUUAAGGGAGUAACCACAGGAUCUCUUCCAACAUUUGUGGAUGUGGGUAGCAAUUUUGCCAGUUAUGCCAUCCAAGAGGACAACUUGAUCCAACAACUAGUGCAGAAUGGAAAGAGAGUUGUGUUCAUGGGGGAUGACACUUGGGAUGGGCUAUUUCCCAAAAAGUUUUACAAAUCCUACUUCUUUCCAUCGUUCAAUGUAAAGGACCUACACACUGUGGACAAUGGAAUCCUGCAGCAUCUCUACCCUACAGUGGAUGGGAACGACUGGGAUGUCCUCAUUGCGCAUUUCCUUGGUGUGGAUCACUGUGGGCACAAGCACGGCCCAGAUCACCCGGAGACGGCAAAGAAGCUCACACAAAUGAACCAGAUGAUUAGCUCCCUUGUGGAGCACCUGGAUGACAAAACACUUUUGCUGGUGGCAGGAGACCACGGUAUGACUGACACAGGAGAUCAUGGGGGAGACAGCGAGAAAGAAGUGACAGCAGCACUUUUUGUUUACAGCAAAGCAGUUCUGUUUGGUGACACAGUAGAUAAGACAACCCAAGCUGUUCCUCAAGUGAACGUGGUCCCUACGCUUGCUCUUCUGAUGGGGAUUCCCAUCCCGUACAGUAACCUGGGAGCUGUUAUGGCUGAUCUCUUCUCUUGGACUGGAGAUGCUGAAGGCUCCUCUACGCUUACACAGGCAGCUGCCUUUAGGAUCAACGCACAGCAGGUAGACCGUUUCUUGCACUCCUAUUCUCUUUCUGCUGGGGAUCUGCCCUCUGAGAAGCUGAAACACUUAAAGGAUGUAUUUUCUUCAAUGACAGCACAGUAUGACCGGCUGAUGUACGAGCAGCAGCAGAGUCUUAUAACAAAGGCAGAGUUCGAAACUCAUUUGCAGCACCUCAUCCAGAGACUGGAGCUCUAUCUCCUGCAAGCGAGGGCAGUGUGCAUGGAAUCUUGGGCUCGUUUCCACCCUCUGCGUAUGAUUAUAGGUUGCGCCAUCCUUACUGCUUCCUGCCUUAUUUGUUACCUGGUUGCUGAGGCUGGACCAACUCUGGACUUUUCCUACAAAUAUUUGCUUGCUUACCCUACAUUCUGGGCUCUAGGUACAGCUGUUGUACUUUGUUUGGGGAUGUUGACUUCUGUGCUAGAAAAGGAUCCUUUAUUCCUUUGUGCUUUGGUCACUGCCACUUCCCAACUAUCCUUCUUCUGCUAUAUCAGGAAACAAAAACGACCAAAGAGCAGAUCACGUUCCCAUAAACUGUCUGUCCUACUCUCAGGUCCAUGCCUUAUUCUUAUCUUUCGAUGCUGUGGAUUGUUUUCAGACAGUUUUGUUGUUGCAGAAGGAAAACUGGCUCCUUUUCUGCUAACAUCUCUAGUUACCCUGACCAUUUUCAAGUUGCACUGGGAUGGACGACUGUUACUUCCUACUUUUACACCGCUAGGGAGUGAGAGUCUUAAACCCUCAUUGCUUCCAAGUUAUAAGCGGGAUGGCCCACAGCUGAUAGCAUUACUAGCUGCCUUGGCUAUUUGCAGCAGACUUUUGGGGAUGUUCCACAACUGCCGAGAGGAGACUCCAGACUGCCGGCCUUCUCCCUUCCUGACACCGUUAUCUAGCAUAAAGGAUCCCCAGCUGAAGAACUUCUCCUAUCUUUGGUGCGUGGUGUGUCUGGGGGGCAUUGUGUACCUGGUGAGGAGGUGGUUGCAACACUAUGGGAACCUAAACAGCUCUUCUGCACUAGUGAUGUAUGUCCGAUGGGGCCUCCCUCUCAUGGCUUUGGGCAUCUCUUGCUUCUGGGCUCUCAGCUCAGGGACUGAAGACAGCCUCACAAAGCUACGAGAGCUCAUCCAGCUUGCUUUAGUGGCCUGUCCCAGGGUCAUCUACACCAUGGCUGGCCUGGGACUUCUUCUGGUGCUUUGGAACCCUGUAACUGUCUUUAUGAAGAGAAGCCAUGAUGCAGAGGCAGACAACAUGGUCACCACGUACCAUGGAGCUCCUGGUUCCCAAGCUGAACUUCAGCAUGUAAUCCCUCAAAUCUACAGAAAGAUGCAGCAGUCUCUGAAGAGCCGUCUGAAGCACAGAGGUGAAGGAGAAGACAGGAGGAAAGGCGCAACAGUUGAGGCCUAUGGACUAGGGAGUGUGUACUCUGCUGCCGUGCUUGUUACCCUUACCAUCAUUGCUUUGGUCCUGCUCCUCCUUCAUAGUGAAAGAAUUACUCCAGCUUUUAUAAUUUUACUCUUGGAAGCCUUUGUGGUCUUACAGAUCCAUAGCCAUGUAUCCAAUCUCUCUUCUACACCCGAUGGGGCUGGCCUGUUUUCUGUUCCAUGGUAUGCGGUUAUGGCCUGGGCCUUAGGCGCUACACAUGGUUUCUACUCCACGGGUCACCAGCCCGUCUUCCCAGCUAUUCACUGGAAUGCGGCAUUUGUGGGAUUCCAAGACGGACAUAAUAACAACAUCAUUCCUGCUUUACUUGUAGCUGCCAACACCUUCUCAUCACACAUCCUCUUCUCAGCCGGCACCACUCUGCUGCUGCUCUGGCCGUUCCUGUCUGAAUCCCCUGUCAGCAGGAGGAAAAAGCUCAAGAAGGAACCACGUGAUGGGGACACGGAGGAGGAUGAAGUACCCAUGAUGGAGAUGAGGCUUCGAGAAGACCCAGACAGGUUCUCUGCAGCGUUGCUACAACUGGGUACCAAGUACCUGUUCAUCCAGGGAAUGCAGCUCCUGUCUUGUGUGUGUGCAGCUAUGAUUCUCCGACGACAUCUCAUGGUCUGGAAAGUGUUUGCACCCAAGUUUCUGUUUGAAGCUCUGGGAUUCAUGGUGAGCAGCACCUUUCUUGUCCUUGGGAUGGCGCUGGUUCUGCGGGUGGAUUGCGCCAUCAGUAAUUGGUUCAAGAGCCUCAUUCUCCAGCAGCCCAGGUAGCACCAAAUGGAAGAAAAUGUUACAGCUGCCAAGUGAUAAAUGAAACUGCUGCUUGGAACUCACUUAGUGCCUGCAAAUACUACGUUACGUUUUUUUACCAGAUGCUCCGAAUACCUUGAGGAGUUACAUCAAUAUGAACUACUGCAAACGUAUUUGUUACAAGCCUUUUAGGCUUCAUAUCGAAUGGAAAAUGACUAGAAAAUGAUGCUACCCUCACAAUAUUCCUACGGUGUAGGAUAAAAUAAAUGGGGCGACACAUUGUAAUCAGCAGAGGAAAUCCGGUGAACAAAUCAUUGGGAAUGGGUAGCAGAUAGCGGGCACUCUUCUCCACAAGCUAUGUUGGCAUCACUGUAUCGUGGGAGGUUGUAGCCCGUUCUCAUUAGCUGUGAUGAACCAGUGACCAGAGGUCAAACACAGAACUACUCCAAGUUCCAAAUGUAAAAAUGUUGGACACUGGGAAAAAAACUUGUUUCAACUUCAUUUUAUAAAAAUUUAUAAUAUAAGAAAGGUUGUAUUGAAACUUACAGUUUCAUUGUAAAAAUGGGUUUAAAGAAACGAAGAGUGGGCAAUAAUAAAACAUUAAAAAAUUAA